CAAGAAGGAAAAACGAUCACAGUCCACUGAAACUUACGUUGCGAUCAUCAAACUCUGAUCAAAAUGUUUCGUUCUGUAAUAAAUCUUGCAGAGCAGUAAAGCCUCAGUGUCAGGUAGUCAAUAUACAUUGCAGCGGAAAGAAGCGGCAGCUUUCUCUCAUGUGUUUUAAACAGCCAACGUCAUUGGUUGGUUUCAAACGCUCAUGCCCGUGUGUUAUACAGCGUGGACCUCGCCAAGCGUGCUUCGGCAGAGGCUGGGGAAUUGGCGGGUGACAAAAUUCGAAAAUUCGGAAAUGAUGUGUAUUUAAACCGCGCGUGGUACUCCUUCCUUCUUGCCUUCCUCGUUGCUGCUGGCGUUGGUUCCUUUCCAGACUCUAGUUAAUGAAAUCUGGAGUUCAGGAGCAUCCCAUUUGCUUGUAUCUGUCAUUCGGAGAGCACUGUGAUAGUGGUGCCAAUGAGAAAAGGUUCGAACUUAUGCACAAUCUGGAGUACCAAAAAGCAAAAAGCACAAACAUUUGUGAAGUCAUUUUCAAUGCGAAAGCUUCAUGUUGAAAAGGGGCACAGGAGCCCGAGUAGCGCACCACUUGUUAAGUUAGGAUUUUCUCAGUUGGUCAGUCAUAAAUGUCCAGACAGGAUGAAAUAAGGGUUGCGGACGCUUUCAAGAAAUCAUUGUUUCAAAGCGAUGGUUCUCAAAGGACAAGUGAACUGAACUCAGUGCGAGAGGAUCCCAAAAGCACGAGUGAGGAAUGGUUCAGAUGCAUGUGACACUUGCCGCAAUCGUGAAAUUGACGGGAUUCUUGAUGUCGGUUUGGACACUUUUGAAGAAUUGAUUACAAGAUAAGGCUCAGGUCUUCCUAUCUGCAAAGAUGCUACAAUGGAUGGGAGGCUCAAGAAAGAAGCUCAAAGCUUCGAGAUUAUCUCUAAAAGCGAGACAGGAGCGAUUUUUUGAGCAGCGUAGGCAAGAAGAGAAGGACCGGUCAAUUGGUCCAUAUACCGCAAAUGGUUUUUCAGAGUUACAUCCAGAGAAACGAUCUCUAGAUAUUAUAGGCCUGGAAGUAUUAAGUGCUCAACCUGGCCUCCAUCAAUCAAUGCCUGAUAGUAACAAGGUAGAGUGCGAACGAGCUGGUUCCAGUCGUUCGAAGGAUGAGAGAGAAAGCCGUGGACUGCCAUCCGAAGACCUCCUUGCCAAUGGAUCUCAAUCGGUGCAGAUUGUGUCAGACUAUCACGAGACUGAUUCUGUAGUAUCAAACAAGGCCAAAGCAGACAUUGUUAAAUAUGACAACGUUGAUGCUGCUGUAAAACAUAAUGCUCCAGAUACCUCUGCACCUGUCGUAGAUCUCGGCUUUCAAGUCUCAGGAGUUCAACCAGGAUUCAGAAUUCUGGAUAUCAUCAAGAACACACCAGGCGAUGUUAUCACUAGAAGACCAACAUCGGAGCUACACGCGACAUUUAACCUAGAAAAUGGCUAUGAAAAACCUGAUCUGUAUACGCCACACAGUAUAACUAAAUUAGAAACACAAGAUCCCAUGAGGUGCCAAGAAACUGCAGAGACACACAUUGAUAGCAACAUAUCUCAUGAGGUGGAAACUUCUUGCUUACCGUGCUUUGCAUACGGCAUGUCUAGCUUUUAUCAAGCUUCAAACCAGUAUGGUAAUGGCUUUUAUCAACCGAAAGAAUUUGUCACCACCGUUCAAAAUCUACAGGAACCUGAGACAGAGUUCUUGAAUGACUGCGGCCUAAAGAUUGAUGAUCAAUUACCCGUUCUAAAAGUUCUCGACAGAGGAAGUUUCAGUUCAAUGCAGAAUCUUAAACUUGAACUUGACAAGAAACCCUGGGACAUCUUUGAUUUUCGUCCUUUGAGACGUGUCAGAUGUCGAGAGAAAAAGCAUACAAAUUCGCCCGUCAAUCAAUGCUCCUUUCCACCAUCCCUUCCAAGAAUAGAAUCUCUGAGUGAGAGGGACUUCCAUAUUUCUCCCGAAAAGUGUCCUCCAGGCACGAAAGAUUGUGCGGACAUACAGGACGAUGAUAUUCAACUAAAAUAUGUCCUCACAGAUUAUGGAACUCCCCGAAGCGUUGGUAACUUUCAAAAUGACGAUGAGUCCAGCUAUUAUACAUCUACUUCUUCAGUAUGGGACGUUCUAGAUUCGACUUCCUCUUAUUGUACAGAUAGUGACAAGAUUAUUUAUGGAAUAGAUGAGAUUUUAGGGGAGUGGUCAUCAAAGCUGGACCUUGGGGCGCUUGGACCACGUAACCUCUCGCCUCUGGAAGACUCGGUUCACAAGCCUACAACAAGAAACGGCCCAAGCAAAAGCUGCAUGCUUCACAGCCCAUUUAUUGGCUUGGAGGGAAAUUACAACGAGAUAUUUGCAGAAAAUUCGUACAUGAUCGAAGAAGACGAGACUACCAAUACUGUAAAUGAUUCGAAUCUAAUAAGUCCUCAUUUGUGCAGCAUUAAAGAAAGAGGUUCUAAUGAAGACCAUGAAUCCUCAACGACGACUUUCUGCUCUACUGAAGGGGAAGUAUACAACAUGCAUGAAUUUGGCCAUGUUGAUUUUGUAGAAAACUCGGAGAAUAGAGGAACAACCUCAAGUGGUACGAAGAGGAAGUUUCAGAUGUCGAUUGAUGAAAAGGAACCCGAUUUCUUAGUGUCCUUCCAGGAUUCUGGGACAGAAACCGGUCUACCAGCAACAGAGACAAUGACCGUUUAUUUCCCAUAUGCGAACAUCCCAAAGGAUAAAAGAAAAUUUGAAAGCAUUGGGUCGCCAAACGAGAAGGAAGAAGUAACUAAAAGGGUCUCAAGGUUGCAAGCUGCGGACGUUAUAAGCCAGCACAGCCUUUCUUCUCAAACCGAACCUUUUGACGGAGAAUGCCCAUAUUCUCUCAACGACGAAGAAAACCUCCCAGGAAACGCAGCUGCUUCACACGAGUUUCUAUCCAGGGAAAAUGACGAAGAGAAUUGCAUCCACCAAGAUCAUAAAUUUCGUACCUCCUCAAACUCCACAAACGGAGAAGUGGAAGGAGACAGGGUUCAGGUUGAUGAUUAUGAAGAAGACAAGAUGGAAGUUGAUGUUCUGCUAGAAGAGCUACAUCAGUUUGAGAUGAAGAUUAACUCAAUACCAGCAUCGAUAAUUAUGAAGUUUAUAACUGAAAAUCAUGACACUUUGUUCAAGCAGCAACAACAAAAGGCGUGUUCUCCCGAUGAAGCAUCCGAGAAACUUCUGACAAGUUCGAAUGAUACAGGAGAAGGUUCGAAUCAAAGUGCUCAUGUAUAUGAGCCGAACCUCAGCAACAUGAGGAGUACUAAUGAGAAUGUUCAAAGUGCUCAUGUAUAUGAGCCGAACCUCAGCAACAUGAAGAGUACUAGUGAGAAUGUUCAUGUGAAUGAUCUACGAGCGGAGAAGAUGAAGAUUGAAAUUUUGUCCCAGCAGCUCCAUGAUUUUGAAUUAGAAUUGCUCAGGGCAAGACCUUUAACUCAGAAUAUACACACUGCAUGCAAGCAUCAAGAGGUUUCCUCACCUCAGCCUGAGCAUGAGGGCGUGUUUGAGAAGAACAAACCAGCUUCUGGUAGAUCAAUGGAGAGCGAGAUACAGAGACAAUCAGACAAAAGCGGGACUCUACUGCAUUCAAAUGAAAUUCACCGAGAGUUUCACCAGCGGUCGGAAGAAGGCUGUCAGUUGCAUCAAGGCUGCCCAGGACAACAAUCUUUAACAGGUAGCACUCAGAGGACGCAAACGCCAACUGGUAAUCAGAAGCGAAAGAGGGUGAAAGAAGCGGAAACGAAAGACAGAAAUGAUGAAUACAAUUCCCAUCUUGAACACCAGAAAGUAUCACACGACUUGAACUGCAGACAAGACGUAAAGAAGAGCAGGUCUGACCAUCACUUUCGAGAAAGAUACGACGAACACUCUUCGGUCAACUACAGGCACGAUGCUACGAGUCAAUAUAAAGAAAAGUUCAAUUCUCACUGCUUGCACAAGGAGAAGGGACUUGAAGAAAGCAGGGACAUGUCUAAACAUCACCGAGAUAUGGAUUGGACAAGUUCCAAGGAUUAUGAUAAACCAAAAGCGAAGAUUUCAAGCUUUACUUCGUGUCAAGAUAAGCUACAUCCUCCGGGAGCUUCUUCUAAAUGUUCAUACAAGAAGAAAGAUUUCAGUAAGGUUUACCAUGGUCACUUACAAGAAUCUUGUGGAUCGAACACAAAUCAAGGAAGUGAAGGAUUGUUCAAGACAUGUUCGAACUCGAGGAAAAGCGAAAAAACUGUUUGUAAUUCGGGUGCACAGUUAGAAGCAGACUGCUCAGCGAAGGAUGAAAGAUGCGAAUUGACUAGAAACAAAUAUGAUGGUCAUCGCCGACAAACGAAUCAGAAGUCCUCAUCCUCCGACGACUUAAGGGUAAAAGUUGAAGCCCUUGCUAAGCGUGAGACUCUACAUCAUCAUGCGGCUUCCUUAACAUCAUCAAACAGGUGCAUUGGUAGGACACCUCUCCGACAAGAACGAGACUUUCAUCUGUCAAAAGGCAAAAAGCGGGACAACAUCAGUCAACAAAAUUCAUCCAGUGAAUCGAAUUCAACAGAAUAUUCGGAUGAUAACAUAAGUACCCGGCAUGAGGACCUCCUAGAAAAAAUGAAAUCUCCUAACGUCAGGCAGAAAAUGGAUCUUCAAGUUUCAUCUCAGGUUAAUGAAGAUAUAACUCGUCCCAGACCUUAUCGAAGCAUUUCAGAUAACAAAGACGAGAACGAAGUGGCAAGAUGUACUCAUCAACAAAGAGCCCAAAUCUCCAACGAAGGAGACAGACAAGAAGAAAACAUGGGUGGUCUGGCUUCUCAUGACCAAAGAAUAACCCAGGGGACUCCAACUAUCAACAAGCAAGUGGGAGUGCAUCUACAAGGUAAUAGAUACACGGAGGAGGUAUGUGAAAGAGAUCCUCAACCCGAUUACGAAGACACGAAAAGGAACUCACGCUCUUCUCACCUACUAGGGACAUGGAAUUCAGACAGGGGAGUUAUCCUCGGUGGUACUUGCGCAAGUGCUAAUUCUCAUCGCCAGGAAACUUCAGUGAGACCUUCGUUCCCUCACACGCACGGCCAGUUACCAGUAAAUGAUGAUCAUUCUGUGAAGGGCAACAAUGACAUCAAAUGUUCAUUUACAGAAGUAUGUUCUCGGGAGACAAAUUCAACAGAGCUAUUAUGUUUAGGAUGUUUGAAGACUGAUCAGCCACAUCAUCCACAAUGUGAAAAGGCUCUAUUGAGUUGUAAAUACAAUCGUUCAUCACACCUACAACUCAGCACUGAUCAGGGGAUGGUCAAGGCUGGAGAGGAAGAAACUCAAAAAUCUGCGGCGGAUCUUCGAGGGAAAAUGGACUGCUCCUCUCAAGGAUGUAAAGUGCAGCAACAAGUUCAAGUUUCGGACUUCGUUUUGCAUCAAUCUCUAGAACCGCCAGUUGAAACUUUACAAGGCCAAGGUUCUCAACCAGUUUCAGAUGGUCCUAAUCAGGACAAUACAGGAGGUCCAUGUAGAACUGAGGUCUUGAAACUCACAGAAACUCAGCACACCGCACAUCCAACAACAGAUAUGAAAGGAGGACACACCGAACAAGGAACUAGAAUACAAUACGUUACCAUGCUGGAAAGCUUCGUCAUGCAGCUUACGUUAGAAAACAAAAUUCUUCAGUAAAC